AUGGUCAUCCCGUCUCCGGUCUCGUCUCUCCGGGUCCAGAGUUCAGGACGGACGGACAGGCUGGCGGUCAGCUGGCAGCACGGAGACGGCAGCUGGAGCAGCUACCAGGUGUUGUUGUACGACGGUUCUGGGUCCACUCUGGGGGCCCAGACCCUCGGGGCCGAGCACAGGAGUCACAUGUUCUCCGGGCUGGUUGCUGGUAGGCUGUACCGCGCUGAGGUCAUCACACACAGCGGGGAACUGACCAAUAACGUGUCAGCCUUCGGACGCACCACUCCAGAACCGCCCAUCCACCUGUCCGUCAAACAAGGCCCGACCAAUGACACGAUAGAGCUGUCGUGGUCCGGUCCCGCCUCCGGGGACUACGACAGCUUCGGCCUGCAGUGGACCCCCCCCGACAGGCUGUCAGUCACACAGACCCAGGUGACCAGCCGCGUCCUGGGCGGGAUGUUUCCGGGGCGACUGUACAACUUCACCGUGGCGACCAUAAGCGGGGGCGGAGCCCCGGACAGGCCCACGGUCAGGAGCCAGCCAAUCCAGAGGAACGUCAGGACAAGUACGUGGGGGGGGGGGGGGGGGGGGGGGGAUCUGAGCCACUUUAAAGGGACGUUCCACUCAAAGGAGGACAGAGCGGCAGAGACGGGUCCUUUACCGUCCCGUUGA